AUGUUUACUGUCUCAUUUUUCCUAACAAUUUCUUUCUUUCUUUCUUUCUUUCUUUCUUUUAUCAGCUUAUAUUUUCUUUUGUUUUUCAUCAUUUUGUCGAAAAUAGUUCCUUUCUUCUUUCCUUCUUUGUUUUUCUUUCUUUCUUUCUUUCUUUCUUUCUUUCUUUCUUUCUUUCUUUCUUUCUUUCUUUCUUUCUUUCUUUCUUUUAUUUGCUUUUAUCUAUCUAAGUCUGUUCAUCUAUCUAUCUAUCUAUCUAUCUAUCUAUCUAUCUAUCUAUCUAUCUAUCUGUCAGUUCAUAUCUAUCUAUCUAUCUCAGUCAGUUCAUAUCUAUCUAUCUAUCUAUCUAUCUAUCUAUCUAUCUAUCUAUCUGUCAGUUCAUAUCUAUCUAUCUAUCUAUCUAUCUCAGUCAGUUCAUAUCUAUCUAUCUAUCUAUCUCAGUCCUAUUCUUUCUUUCUUUCUUUCUUUCUUUCUUUCUCAGUCCGUUUCUAUCUAUCUAUCUAUCUAUCUAUCUAUCUAUCUCAGUCUGUUUUUAUCUAUCUCAGUCUGUUUUUAUCUAUCUAUCUAUCUAUCUAUCUAUCUAUCUAUCUAUCUAUGUCAGUUCAUAUCUAUCUAUCUAUCUCAGUCAGUUCAUAUCUAUCUAUCUAUCUAUCUAUCUAUCUAUCUAUCUAUCUAUCUAUCUCAGUCCUAUUCUUUCUUUCUUUCUUUCUUUAUUUCUUUCUCAGUCCGUUUCUAUCUAUCUAUCUAUCUAUCUAUCUAUCUAUCUAUCUAUCUAUCUAUCUCAGUCUGUUUUUAUCUAUCUCAGUCUGUUUUUAUCUAUCUAUCUAUCUAUCUAUCUAUCUGUCAGUUCAUAUCUAUCUAUCUAUCUCAGUCAGUUCAUAUCUAUCUAUCUAUCUAUCUAUCUAUCUAUCUAUCUAUCUAUCUAUCUCAGUCCUAUUCUUUCUUUCUUUCUUUCUUUCUUUAUUUCUUUCUCAGUCCGUUUCUAUCUAUCUAUCUAUCUAUCUAUCUAUCUAUCUAUCUCAGUCUGUUUUUAUCUAUCUCAGUCUGUUUUUAUCUAUCUAUCUAUCUAUCUAUCUAUCUGUCAGUUCAUAUCUAUCUAUCUAUCUCAGUCAGUUCAUAUCUAUCUAUCUAUCUAUCUAUCUAUCUAUCUCUAUCUCAGUCUGUUUUUAUCUAUCUCAGUCUGUUUUUAUCUAUCUAUCUAUCUAUCUAACUAUCUAUCUAUCUGUCAGUUCAUAUCUAUCUAUCUAUCUCAGUCAGUUCAUAUCUAUCUAUCUAUCUAUCUAUCUAUCUCAGUCCUAUUCUUUCUUUCUUUCUUUCUUUCUUUCUUUCUUUCUUUCUCCGUCCGUUUCUAUCUAUCUAUCUAUCUAUCUAUCUAUCUAUCUAUCUAUCUAUCUAUCUAUCUAUCUGUCAGUUCAUAUCUAUCUAUCUAUCUAUCUAUCUCAGUCAGUUCAUAUCUAUCUAUCUAUCUAUCUAUCUAUCUAUCUAUCUAUCUAUCUAUCUCAGUCCUAUUCUUUCUUUCUUUCUUUCUUUCUUUCUUUCUUUCUCAGUCCGUUUCUAUCUAUCUAUCUAUCUAUCUAUCUAUCUAUCUCAGUCCUAUUCUUUUUCUUUCUUUUUUUCUUUUCUUUCUCAGUCUAUUUCUAUCUAUCUAUCUAUCUAUCUAUCUAUCUAUCUAUCUAUCUAUCUCAGUCAGUUUUUAUCCAUCUAUCUAUCUAUCUAUCUAUCUAUCUAUCUAUCUAUCUAUCUCAGUCAGUUCAUAUCUAUCUAUCUAUCUAUCUAUCUAUCUAUCUAUCUAUCUAUCUAUCUAUCUAUCUAUCUAACUCCUCUCUGAAGUUAUGCAAAUCAAGCUUUACACGGUUUAUCUAUCUAUCUAUCUAUCUAUCUAUCUAUUUUAGUCUGAAUCUAUCUAUCUAUCUAUCUAUCUAUCUAUCUAUCUAUCUAUCUACUUGUCUAUAUGGCUACCUACCCCUCUUUCUUUCUUUCUUUCUUUCUUUCUUUCUUUCUUUCUUUCUUUCUUAUUAUAUUCACCAUCUCCUUUCCAUUUUCUUUCUUUCUUUUAUUUAA